AUGUCAACUCCGAUCUUGCAGUCUGGCUGGGACGACAAACCUGUGAUCAUUGGUCAACGCCAACAGAGGCCUACUGUUGCCAAGGGCUCUGCUUUGAACACUGCUCAACGUAACGGCUCCAUCCUUUCUUCAGAGUCCAAGGGUGCCGGUCAAUCCAAGGGCGCUGCCAACCACCAACAUAUCGCCAAGCUCGACCGAGAUGACGCCCCUAAACCCCCUGAGAAGGUCUCUGUAGACGUUGGUAAGGCUGUUGCGUUGGGUCGUAUGGCGAUCAAGAAUGCCGAAGGGAAGAGUAUGACUCAGAAGGAGCUCGCGACUUCGGUGAACGCUAAGCCUCAGGACAUUGCCGACCUCGAAACUGGCCGUGCUGUCCCCGACCAGGCCCUCCUCGGCAAGCUCGAGCGCAAGCUCAACGUCAAGCUGAGAGGAGCCAAGAACCUCAUCGGUACACCUCUUCACGCCAAGAAGGACAAGAAGUAA